GGCGCCUGUGCCAAACGAAUUGCCUAGCAACGAUUAGAAUGGAAUGCAAAUAAACAAACCGAACAAGAUGGAGUACGUUGACAUUUAUAUCGCAUUCUAAUUUUCAUUCUAAUUGACAAUUUUUAUAUUCUAAUUUGACACGCCACUACUAAAAAUAUGGCUAAAGUUAAGAAAAAGGGGACUGUCUCGACUAAAACCCCUACGUUUGAUAUAUAUCUAAACAUUGAAGUCACAAGCGAAAGAUUUACGAUUCAUAAAGUUACGGGUGAAACGAAAAUCAAAGACUUGAAAAUUCAUGUGGAACUCGUCGCUGGUAUACCGUACACGCUUCAAAGGCUUCAUUAUCUUGACAAAACCGAUAUGGUAGAUACGUCAGAUUUGAAACACAAUGAUAUUGUAUCUGGGGCAACGAUCGAUUUAAAACUAUGGAAAAUGUGGGAAAAUGUGGUCAGUGUUAUUGUCAGAGGCAGUGUGCAAGAAAUUCUAGCAUUAGGGUUGACUUUAGAGAAAUCUUGGGAGAAUCUAGACAGAGCAUUUUUUAAACAUAAAGUUGAGACUGCGAAGGAAAAAUUACAAGUAGCAUUAUUGUUAGCUGCACAUCGAAAUAACACUGAACUACUUAAAGCUCUGUUAGAUUUGGGUGCAGAUAUUAAUCAUAAGACCUCAAUGGGAAGGACUGCAUUGCAUAUGGCUGCCUCACAAGGGAACUCGGAGUGUAUAGAUAUUAUGUUGGAGAGGGGGGCCACCAUAGAGGUAUUUGAUGUGCAAGGGAAAUCUCCUGUUGAUACCGCAAACGCUUGGGGUAAAAAAGACAGCGAGCGUCAUUUGUUUUUAUACCAAUGGCAGACAAGAGCCGCCAAGGUUAGCCCAAAAAAGAACCAACCUUUAAUGAUGCACCAGCAGUUCGAUUCGACACUACCGACAUGGCUUAGGGGAGAUUAUGGACAGAUUUAUCAUGCAAAUACAUUACCCCCUGGGGAAUUUUCGGGGAGUAAGUUAAACGCACCUCUCCGAAAACCUGCCAAGGGAAAGGGGGCGCAUGCCGAGAAUGGGAGAAGCAAGAAGACAAGCAGUGUUCAAGGUCAUACACAAUUUGAUACACCAGAGGAUGAUCCAGUUUAUGAUGAUGAAAAAGGAGACAGUAAGUGGAGAAUUACUGUAGUUGCCAGUCGAUAACUUCAUAAACAAAGUGGGAAAAAAGUCUGAAUAGAAGUUCCAUCUGAAACUUAAUAUUUGACCCUUUAAGUGACAAUGCACUCUACUUUAUUAUUUGACUCUGUCUAAUGCCAGACAAUUUUACUCGUCAGGGGGAGAGUGCUGCCACUCAAUGGGUUAAUCAGACUAUCUGCCCAUGGACUCUGUUAACCCUUUAAGUGACAAUGCACCCAGAUGCACCUUACUUUAUUACUUUACAGUUUACUCUGUCUAACGCCAGACAAUUUUACUCAUCAGGGGGAGAGUGCUGCCACUCAAUGGGUUAAGUAGAGCAAUAUUCAACAGUGAUAUUUUGAAUUUGCAAUAAAUUCAAAACUAUAACUGUUGAAUAUUGUCUCCUCUUGUUCAAUUUAAAUAUUAAGUUUCAAGAUGGAACUUCUAUUUGAGUUUGUUUCUACUUUAUUUUAUGAAGUGGAUAAUUGGAUCAUGCCAUUUUUGAGAAAUAGAGGUCUUGUCAAUACAGACAGUUCUAUUAACAUGGAUGUCAGCAUAAAUUUUUGUUAUGACCAUUCAAACUUGUAAGAUGCUGGUCGUUCAAUGGUGAUCGGUCCCAAUUUUGCUUCUAGGAAUAACACUGACUUUUGAAAUGUUGUGGACCUGUUAACCCAUUGAGUUCCAGUGCUCUCCCCUUAUGAAUAAAAUCAUAAAGUAGAGCGCACAUUGGGGCGCAAUGUUAGUUAAUAGGUUACAAUAUUGUGUCAUGCAAUUUGUGAGAAUCUACUGUAUGUUUUUGGUAUUCAUUUUUUCAUGUUUAAUAUUGCUGAUAUAUCAUGCUUUCUAGAAUUUGUGUCUUAAUUUAUGGGUUAAUUAACCCAUUGAGUUGUAUUGCAUAUGGAAAAAUGUUUUAUAUGUUUUUUUAUUACAUUGAGUUAAUUAUCAACACGGCUCUUAGCGAAUCAGCAUUCAGAAUUUACAAAUGCAAUAUUAUAAUGUACUGUAUUUUAUUACACCAGAAUGUCAAAUUUCUGUUGAUUGAAUAUUAACAUAGAAGAUUUUCUGUUCUGCUCUUUUUAGUUCCCAAUCGAAGCAGAAGGAUUACUCGUGAACAAAGCAUAAUUUCCACUGAUACAACCACAACAAUCAUACAAAGAAGUUAUACUAGGAUGCCUGGUAAGUGCAUACACUAGUAUACAGUAUCUAUGAUCAUACCAUUCCAUGAUUAAUGGCUUAGCGAUGGCCUCUUGGUUGAUUUACUUGCAACCAAUACAAGGGUGCAGGCUGUACACAUGCACCAGCUACUGUAUGUAGGGUCCUGUCUAUCUGAGCCAUGUUUAAUCAAGACAAUUACAAAAGUUCUGACAUUGUAGUUAAUGUUGCUGUUAACAUCAAACUCUAUCAUUGGUAAUGGGAAACCUCUUAUAUUUAGUGAACUUUUGAAUUCAUGGAAACUACAGUAAAUAAUACACUGAAAGCAUUUUUUAUUUUGAAAAUAUGGAUUUUCAGUUUGGAUACCAGCUAGGUUAAGAAAUGCUGGUUGCAUAUCCACAAUUGAUUCCAGGAAAAAGUCCAUACGUUUGGGCUGUUAAAUGGGAUAGUCCCAGUAAGCAAAAUCUUGCCAUUAUUAAUCAGUGGUUAUUUUUUAUUCAAAGUGUGACUAUAACCCCAAAUACAAUUUUUGGAAUUUGUAUAUAAUAUUUGGGUCAUUCUAAGAAAUUUAACAUGUAGCAAAAAGAAAGGAAAACUAAUUUGCAAUUCAUCUAUUGACAACAUAUGUGGAAACUUUGACAGUGAAACUUUCACUAUAAAAUAUAUUUCAGACACAAAUAUUACAUAACCAAGAAUCAUAUAUGGGGUUAGUCUUACUUUAAACAUUACAAUAACUUAUUGUAAUGAUCACCCAAGGCCGGAUUUUGGUGGAAAUAGUGGGGGAGGUGGAAAAAAUGUAGGGGAGGUGCAGGACCCCCAUGGAAAGUUACUGUAGGGCUUAGAAUGGGUCAAAGUCAAUGUGAUGCAUGCAUGUCAUGUACAUACAAUAUGUUUCAAUGUAUUAAUGAAUUAUGACUGUAGAACUCAUCCAAUUUUGCCUUUCAUUACAAUUACUACAAAGUUUUUUUCAAAACAUUGCAUUAAAAGGGUACUCGACAGAUGAAUGGCUAUCAUUGUGUCCGACAAUUUUACAGAAAAACGUUCUUACAAAGUGUAAACCCUAAGCAACCAAAAAAUGUCAAAUUUUCACUUUGAUCUAUCAUUGAAACUUUCCCAAGGGGAAGUGCAUGACUUUUCAGGGGAGUUGCAAACAUUCUCAGAGGAGGUGCAAAACGAUCUCAGGGGAGGUGCGCACCUCAACAGGACUGAUAUAGUCCUGGAGAUUAUCUACAUGUAAGCACCAAGAUUAUCUACAUGCAAGCACCGUUCAGUCAUAAAUCUUAUUCCUUGCAUUCAAAGAUGCAGAAUUUGAUCAAUAAAAAUCAUUUUCCUCAAAUACUGUGAGUCCAGUCGUGUGAACUGCAGUUCAGCGGCUUCAGCCCCAAAACCUGGAGACUCGCAAUAGGGCUGGCACUCCUCUUACAAAAACAAAACCAUCAGCCCUUCUAUGUACAGCCAACUCUUCUUUUACGGCAUGUCAAAAAUUUUGUUUACCGCUGCAAUGAAGCAUUUUCGAGUCAAAUACAUUGGAAAAACAAAAUUUUCAAAAUAUUGUAACUCAUGCCUUGAAUGUCCAAACACUGUGAAAUUUUCAGUAUGAACUAAUUUGAGUAUGACGAGUUCAAUUCUGAGGUCAGCAUGGGGACCCGGGGUAUAGAUUUUGGAAAUAAUACAAUGCACAAUAGUCCAUGCAAUCCAGGUGCUUUCCAUGCAAGUCAUUUUAAUCCAGAUUAAAAUAAUUUGAGUUUCAAACAAAUCAAUUGAUAAUUUAGAUCGUUUGAUAAAACUACUUCUUACCGUAUAAACCAAGUCAAACACCAUAUAACGUUCCACAUCAUAGAAAUACUUCUAUAUUCCAUAUAUUUGGCUCUAUAUUAAAAAAAUGCAUUAAAAAUAUGUAACUUUUAAAUUAUCUAAUUUUAAAUUCAACCAUGUCAUUUGUACAAUGAAACUCUUCAAACUCACAUAUUGAGCUGUUCUUCUUGCUUAUUUCUCUUGUAAAAUAGAUAUAAAACAGUCCAACGAACCUCAUUUUGAUGAAUUCAAAAUGAAGCAAUUUCAGUAUAUCUGACUAAAAUUCAAAAUGGCCGCCGGAUUUAAAAACCACCAAAAAGUUCCAAAACCAGGGUGGGUGGGGUAACUUACUUUUGGACAUUUCAUUUUUGGUAGACAGUAAUUUAUUGUUAGUAAAAUAGGUUGAAAUACGCGCUAUAAAAUUCUACAUUUAGCUGGAAUUUUGGGUAUACUGGCAUGGUGGUAUAUUGAGCCAGUACGUAUUACAUCGAGUAUAUUGGUAGUUUGGUAUUCGGGUAACAGCCCCCCCCCCGGCUCGGCCUCUGAAGCUAACAUCCUAAGACCCUACCUGAAAAUUAAUUAAGGCAGGCUUUGGUAAUUUGGUUAGGGUAGGAUUUGUGUUAGGAAUAAGAUUUUUGCCCACGGUAGCACGGUAGACUCAGUCAAGAAAAUGAUUUUUACUGUAUUGAUCAAAUUCUGCAUCUUUGAAUGCAAGCGAUGGGGUUUAUGACUGCACGUUUUCUAUUCCGGGCUUGUAAAUUUCAACAUUUCCUGGGGUGGGGAUGCGCACAGACCCCCUUAGGAAGAUUCGUGAACUUCAUUUCAAUACCAGCCCCCUCUGCGCGAUCCUUGACAAUGAAUUCCACGAUUUAAUAUGUCAUAUAUCUUUUCUCUAUAAUUACAGGUAACGACGGCUCUCGUUAUUGCAAAGGUGGUUUUUAUAUCAAUUCAAUGGCAAGAGCUCAGAGAGCAGACAGUCCAAGGAAAUCUGCUCAUUCGGUGGCCAGUUCUGGAAAUAUGUCAGUGAAAACCCGACGAAAGAGAUAGGACGCUGUCAUUAGACACAAAUGAGAAAUGAACGACUGGAGAAAACAGUAACGGAUGUAAACGGACGAAAAAUAUGUCCAAUUAAGCCAGUUACAGACGAGCAAGUUUUCUAUGACAAAUUUUCGUAUUAGGCCGUGGGCUGUUGUGCGAAAAAGUGCCUAGAAAAGCAAUUUCGUGGCACCCUCCUGGGAAAUAGAUUUUCUGUGGUUCAAUUUAUAGAACCAUAGAUGCUUAAUUACCACAAAAAGUUCCCAAGCAAAAAACUUGCCCAACACCGAGAAAAUGGGUGAUCAGUGAUUAUCCUCUAUUAAAAUCUAUUACAGCAAGAAAAUGUGAAAUUUUGUAUUCAAUUACAACAAAAAUGACUUGCAUCAUCAGAAAGCUUACAAAAACCUACAUAUAAGACAUUUAAACAGUUUUUUAUAUCUAAGGGACCGGUCAUUAUUUAUGGCAGGGGUGGGGGCCGAAGAGAAAAUGGUGGGGUAACUGAAAAAUAAUAGUUGCUUUAGGUGGGGUGGCCAAAAAAUCCUUGCAUGCAGA